AUGCCUUACGAUUGGAGCAGAUGUGCAAUCUGUCAAGAAGACAAGCCUGAAGCUUUGAAGUGUCCUUUGAGUGGACCCCAAUGGCUCGACUCUAAUGAGGUUUAUUCCACUUUUUUAACAAAUGUAGCUGAGUUUCGCUCAAUAGCAGCACUGCCUACACAUUUUCAACUUGAUGAAAACACGACCAUUCAAGAUUUAAUUUCAAAUAAAGCGAUAUGGCAUAAAUCUUGUCAUUUGAAAUUUAGCACCUCCAAGCUAAACAAAUUGAAAGUGCAAUGCAAUAAACGGAAACAACAAGGUUGUAAUUCGUCAAAGGAUACUCAUGAAUAUGAAACACAAACUCCAAAACGUAAAGUAGCCAAAAAGCAGCUUCUACAAAACUGUAUAUUUUGUGAAGGGAACACUGGUAAACUGCAUAGUUUUACCACACUGGAAUCCGACAAAAAUGUGAGAAAAAUUGCAACCACUUUGGGAGAUUUUGCUCUUUUAUCAAGGAUAGCAGGAGGAGACCUAGUCGCUAUUGAGGGAAAAUACCACAUGUCUUGUAUUACUACGUUCAGAAACAGAUAUAGGUCAUAUAUGUCGAAAACUGAUAACAGUUCUUACAGGGGUGAUGAAGAAAAAAUGAAGGAGUCUAGAGCAAUGUUAGAACUGCUUUCAUAUAUCAAUAGUGCAGUCGAUGAUGGGACGUUGGUGUUCACCCUAUCGGAACUUCAUUCUUUGUAUGUGAACAGACUGAAAGAUUUGGGUAUCGAAAAACAGGUGAACAAAACAAGGCUAAAAGCUGCUCUUUUAGAGAAACUUGAUGCCCAAGAACAGUACGAUGGGAAGAAUACAAUUUUUGUUUUUGAAGAAGGAAUGAGAAAUAUGCUUAAAGACGCGGUAUUAAAGAGAGAUUUCAUGGACGAUGCGUCUGUAAUGGCAAAGGCUGCUUCCAUUAUCCGACAGGACAUGUUUCGCCACAAAGAGCAAUUUAAAUUUUCUGGAAGUUUUACAUCAAAAUGCCAGGAAAAUUCUGUACCAGCUAGUUUAAAGUCACUUAUCGCUAUGAUAAUAAAUGGGACGAACCUUAAAGACCAAGAGAAACACGACUCGCAAUCAUGUUUAACAAUUAGUCAAACAAUUCUGUUUAAUUCCAAGAAAAAGGAGAAUAACUCAAAAUCUACUGUUCAAACGCGCCACGUGCGGGAACCUCCUAUCCCAUUGUAUAUCGGAUUGAAUAUUCAUACGACCACAAGAAGCAAAUCUCUCAUAACUAAGUUAUACCAAAUGGGACUCUGUGUGUCCUAUGAUAGAGUAUUACAGGUUGAAGAUUGGCUGGCCACAUCUGCCAGCGAGAGAUUCAAUGAAGAUGGCCUCGUUGUACCUGCCUGUCUGAAGGAUGGCAUUUUUUCUGUUGGCGCAUUGGAUAACAUAGACCAUAACCCUUCGUCGACAACAGCAACAUCAUCAUUCCACGGAACGGGAAUAUCUAUCUUUCAGUUCCCGUCAGAGGAGAAACCAGGACAGGAUAGACCAGAACUAACUAUACCACCCUCAGGUAACGAACGCCACUUUCUACCAGAUUCUUAUACCACAGUUCUUCCAGUAGAAAUGAAUGCCAACACCACAAUAAUCCCAGACCGUGUAGUAGAGCCAACAGAAAGUGUUGUCAACGUGGAGUUGGAACAAGAAAAUCGUUGGCUAGAGCAUGCAUUGACCAAAGUAAACCAACCAAGUGUGAACUCUGACGACACUUUGACCUGGUCAUCAUACCACUCGUCCAGAGACACCCUUCCCACGGUUUACCCGGCUGUUACCGCCCUUCUUCCCCUUUUUAACGAGAAGGCAGCUUCUCCAGCAAUGUUAAAACAUGGCAUGACUGUUUUAAAGGACGCAAUAACCUUCUUGAAUCCUGGACAGGUUCCUGUAAUUGCACUAGACCAGCCUCUAUUUGCACUAGCGAAACAGGUGCAAUGGAAAUGGCCCGAAACUCAUGGUGAAGAUAUGUACGUGGUCAUGUUUGGUGGCUUACAUAUCGAAAUGGCACUAUGGAACACUCUUGGGGAUUUACUUGAAUGUUCAGGGUGGACCACAGCUCUUGUGGAGGCUAACAUAGCUUCGAGUGGUACUGCAGAAUCCUUUCUCAAAGUUACACACCUCACACGAACCAGGUAUUUUUAAUGACUUUGUUCAAUUAGACAACAUACUUUCAAACUAACAUUGUGAUAUUUUUUUCAGACAUGCCCAUCAGACUACACUACUUGCUCUUCACAAUCUAAAGAAAGAAGCUUUCUUGGAAAGUGGUGAAACUAAUGAAAGCAUGCACACGUGGGAAGAGAGGAUGGUGGAAAGUAGUCCAACUUUCAUGUUUUGGAACAUGAUCAUCCGUUAUCAGACUCUGAUAUUGUUGUUUGUGAGAGCCCACAGAGAACGAAACUUCAAAUUGUAUGUCGACGUCUUGGAUAACCUGUUACCACUUUUCUUCGCCUUAGACCACAUCAAUUACGCCAGAUGGCUGCCAGUGCAUCUAAGAGAUAUGCGAUCACUGCCAGACACAAUCAAACGAGAGUUUGAGGAGAAUGGACACUGGGCUAUUUCUAAAACUAGUCACAAGUUUUCAACAAUGCCACUAGAUCAGGCUCACGAGCAGGAGAACAAAAUUGUGAAGAGUUCUGGUGGCGCAGUAGGCCUCACUGAGAAUCCUGUUGCUUUCAGGUAUGAUAGAGAAAAGAAUUAUUAUUACAUAUAAGUACUUAAUAAUGGCGUUGAAAAUUAAUUGUGAAUAUUAUUUAUAGACGGUGGAUGCUCUCUGGGCCACAGUUAUCAAGACUUGUGACGCAGUUUGAGGAGCAGUACUCACCAGAUCACGAGAAUCCCAACGCAUUUGUUCACCACGAAACAACUCACUCUGCACAGAAAACCUUUAGGCAGCAGGUUGUGAGUCUGACGGAUGUAUUCAAGAAAAUGGGCAAUCCAUUUCUGGAUGAUUUUCCAGAGUUGGUGGCUGCUGACAGUCGUGACUGCGCAGAUCCAUCUGUAGCCGAGUCAUUGCGCAACCUCGAGAAGACAGGAAAGCAACAGUACGAAGCAUUUGUAGAAGAUGUCCUUGUCAAACGUACCAAGUCCAUAAAUGACACAAUUAAGAAGAACAAACUUUCCUUGUUUAAGCAACCACGUAACAGCAACCCAUCGAAGCAAGGAAAACAAAUAGCUGCCCUGAAAAAUGAUGUUUCGAUUUUCUCACAAUUGUACAUAGCCCUGCAGACCCGACAAGGAGAUAUCAGAGAUUUUUUCUCACAUGAGGUUCAUAAAUACCCACCAUCUAUAUCUGAAUAUGGAAGACUCCGCCUACCUAGUUCCAAAUCCGAUCUACUUAAAUGCCUGCCACAAUCUGGGGAAGCUACUAUACCUAACCACUUCGACUGCAAGAUUUUAGAUGGAGCAAUGAUCGUACACAGCUUGCCUACAACAAAUGCUUCUACAUUUGAUAAUUAUGCAGAAGGUGUAUUCAUACCUUACAUCCUACGACAACUUAAUGAAUGCAAGAGAGUCGAUAUAGUAUGGGAUGACUACCGCCCUGAAAGUUUGAAGGAGUCAACGCGCGAGAAGAGAGGAAAAGGAAUUAGAAGAAAAGUUUCUGGUCAGACAAAACUCCCGCCAAAAUGGUCCGAGUUUCUUCGGGAUCCCAUAAAUAAGUCGGAGCUCUUUGCCUUCUUGACCUCCAAAGUCCAAACAUACGCCUGGCCUACUGAGUCUAUUGUUACUAUUACUUCGGGUAAUAAUAAGAACUAUAUCAUGACUACACUGUAUUCUUUAUUUUUGCCUAAACUUUGUAACAAUUGUGUUUUUAUUGGGGGUUUUUCAGGAUCAUCAGUUGUAUGCUUUGGCUCAAACAGUCCAAUGUCUGAAUGCAAUCAUGAAGAGGCCGAUUCCAGAAUCGUGGUCCACCUUCUACACGCUGUCAGUUCAGACAACGCUAAGUCCGUUCAAGUAAGGACAGUGGACACUGAUGUAAUAGUUAUCCUUAUCGGCAAAGUUCAUGAUAUCCUUGCAAGGUAUCCUGAAACAGAUAUCUGGGUAGCGUUUGGAAUGGGGCGACAUUUUUCACUUAAGCAUAUCAACAGCAUUUGCAACCAUCUUGGAGAAAGCAAAUCACGAUCGCUUCCAGUAUUUCACGCUUUAACUGGCUGCGAUACCACAUCUGGAUUUUUUGGAAAAAGCAAGCUGUCGGCAUGGAAUACAUGA